AACGGGUGGCGGUGGCCCUCUCCCUAGAAAAUGUGCCGGAAGAACGAGGGUUACUUUAAUUUUUAAAGUGGGUAGUCAGAAUGUAAAGGGGAGAUAGAGGGUCGCGUAGGGCUCGGCUGGUCGGGCGGCGGCGCUGGCGACUUCGAUGACCUUGAGUUUGUCAUCGACGCGUCGCCCUUCUCUGCUGGACCCGUACGAGACACGCAGCGUGUUGGCACGCGCCCUCGACGUUUGGGAACAAGCCUCCCGACUUACUUUCACAGAAGUAAAUUCGGAAGAGGCCGAUAUCCUUGUCUCGUUCGCCAAACGUUACCAUGACGAUGCAUAUCCAUUCGAUGGACGAGGUACGAUUCUAGCUCACGCUUUCUUUCCUGGCGUGGACCGCGGUGGUGACGCGCACUUUGAUGAUGACGAACUCUGGUUGUUAGAGCCCAAAGAUGACGAUGAAGAAGGCACAUCACUUUUUGCUGUUGCUGUUCACGAGUUUGGACAUUCGUUAGGACUUAGCCACAGUAGUGUAAAAGGCGCACUGAUGUACCCUUGGUAUCAGGGUAUUCAAUCUAACUUUGUAUUACCUGAAGAUGAUCGUAAUGGCAUUCAACAAAUGUAUGGUCCAAAAUUAAACAAUAAGAAAUGGGCAAGAAUCCCUUCAUACAAACCAGUUCAAACACCACCAACAACCACUACGACUACCACUACGACCACAACAACCAGAAGGCCUUAUAUCCACCAUAAUAGACAUCAUGGAGUUCCGAACAUGCCCCGUGAUCCAUCUAGAAACCCAGUUUACUACCCGAGAAGACCUUAUUACCCUGAUCGUCAUUACCACAAUACAACCGAAGAUCAUCCACGCAGAACGAAUUACAAUUACCCUCGAAUUGAGACUACCACGCACGCAAUAACUUACCGCCCCCGAUACCCCUAUAAACCGGAGUAUCCCAGCUACCCAAGACCAAACUAUCCGGUCGAUCCUAGGCAAGAUUACCCUAAGCAGGACUACCCUAGAUCAGAUUAUCCUAAGCGACCAUACUAUCCAGAGAAAACUACCACUACUACUCAAAGGCCCACGCCGCCACAAAGGCCGACUCCAACUUCACCAUCGGAUAAACCAAAUACGUGUGAUACAAAUUACGACGCUGUCGCUUUAAUACGUGGCGAACUCUUCAUAUUCAAAGACAGGUAUCACUGGAGGAUCGGAGCUCACGGUCGAUAUCCUGGUUACCCAAUGGAAAUAACUAGAAUGUGGUCCAGUUUACCAAAAAAUCUAACACACGUGGACGCUGUUUAUGAAAGACCAGAUAAACAUAUUGCUAUCUUUAUAGGAAAGGAGUUGUAUUUGUUCAAUUCACAAUAUUUAUUGCCCGGCUAUCCGAAACCUUUGACCAAACUGGGUUUACCUGAAACUUUGGAGAAAUUGGACGCGGCAAUGGUUUGGAGUCUCAAUGGCAAAACUUACUUUUACAGUGGAACUAUGUAUUGGAAAUAUGAUGAAGACGAAGGAAAAGUAGAACUGGACUAUCCCCGUAAUAUGGCCAUGUGGAAGGGGGUUGGAUACAACAUCGAUAGUGUUUUCCAAUGGAAAGACGGGAACACCUAUUUCUUCAAAGGAAAAGGAUAUUGGAAAUUCAACGACCUGCAAAUGCGAGUGGAGCACGAACAACAACUUCCGUCAGCCCCGUUCUGGAUGGGUUGUCCUGGAGAGAGAAGCGGUCGAAAAUAUCCUUAUCGCGCUCCUGCAGCACCAGGAUCUACUUUACGAUCGCCGAGUUCAUCAUCAACGCUACAUUUAACUAACUUAAUCGCACUUAUCUCUUCUCUAGUUAUAUCGCUCAAUAUGUCUUUACAAUUUUACUGAAGUAGAUUGGAACUAUUAUAGAAUAAUCGCAGAAUACACUUUUUUUAUUUUAACUUUAGUAGUACACAAGACUUACGCUUUUUCUUCAGCCAUUUGUAAUAUCAAACUUACUCAAAACGACGCAAACAUAUCCAGAAUACGUCUGAUAAAAAUCUAGAAUUAAAUUUUUAAUAUUUGCGAAAAUUGCACUGCCUCCUUUGUAUUUCCUAUUAUUAUUAAAUGUAGAUAUAUACCUGUGAACUUACUAGAUUAAUUACUAGCUGUAAGUAUCAAGUUUUAUUUCUAUAGUUAUUACUAUAUGUACAUUUUGAUCUCAAUAUGAUCGAGUGUUUCGUUUGUUAAUGACAUGUAAGGUAUAUAACACCAUUCGUUUAGCUUCUGUACAGUUACUGUUCGUCUUGUCCUUUGAUGUCUAUGCCAUUUAUCUAUAUAGCAUUGUGAUUAUAAAAUCAUUAUAUUCUUACUGUGAAGAAUACAGGGUAUCCCGCGGUUAUAUUAAAUUAUGGUAAAAUACUCUAAUUAUAUUUGCAGGAAUAGGAUACGAAUAAAUUUACAGAAAAUACAUUUUUUUAACAAAUCGAUCGUCCUGUAGAUAGCCUGUGACUGUUAUCGAAACAAUCCAAUAUGGCGAUUAGCGUUACCUUCAUUUUUUUUGCGCGCGCUUACAAUACUCUUUGCUUGCGCUUGGCGUUUUCUCUUCCAUGAGCUUUCGGGACUGCUCUUUUCUGUAUUUAAUUGAAUCUUAGUCAUUUUGAGAAUCACUCUACCAACAAUGUGUUUUUAUUUUAUUUUAUAGAUAUGUAAAAUGUUACAUUACUUCGCUAUGAGAAAUAACCGUUGGACAUCCUGUAUAAAUUGUAGUAUAUGCGUGUAUUGUAUACAUUAAUUAAUGUAUGACAUAUGUAUGUAUAUGUACACUCGUGCUAUAAUAUGCCGAGAUAUAUAUUGUAUGUUGCUGAAAACAUUUAUUCUCCAAUGCCUUACUUUAUCAAACAUAUUUGUACGAUACGAGAAUGUUGUGUAUUAUUUGCUAGUUUUAUGUAUUUUAUAAGUAUGUACUCUAAAUAAUAUAAAAUUUGAAAUUUUUUAAGUAAUUUAUUUAACACUAUUAUAAAUGCUGGUAACAGAGGUACACUUAAAUUUAAUAUUUGUAAUUAAAAUUUGUAAGAUAUCCUAAAUUGCCAUAAUCAUAAAUUUAAUAUAGUGUAAAAGUUAAUUUGUACAUUUAAAACGUUUUAGCGUUAAAGAAACUGAAAUUAUAGAAUUACUCAAAAUUAGGAUAUUUCAAUUGCUGCAAAAAGUCUGUAGAUUUUCAUUACCAAUUCAUGGAAUUAUAAAUGAGAAAUAUGGUAGAAUGAAAAUGGUGCUUAUUGUAGUUAGAUAUUGUACAGAAUAAAUUUAACUUGAUAUUUUUGUAUUUUAAUGUUAAAACCACAAUAAGGAAUGUUUACCGCAUACAAUAAGAUUUUUUUCAUUUCUAGGA